ACUUUAUAAACUUUUACAACUUAGUGUAGAGGUUAUUGCGCAUCUUACUUUAUUGAAAUUUUAACUGAAUAAAUAAUUUACAAUUAACAAAAUUAUACAUUAGUUCCACCAUGAAUGACAAUGUUUUAUAUGGAAACUUAUGGGACACAGAUCCUGAACUGUAUGAUAUUGUGAAUAAGGAAAAGCAGCGUCAGUCGAGGGGUUUGGAAAUGAUAGCCUCCGAAAACUUUACAUCUCUGCCUGUUCUACAAUGCCUUGGUUCUUGUCUGAGCAAUAAAUACUCAGAGGGCAUGCCACAUCAAAGAUACUACGGAGGAAAUGAAUUCAUUGAUGAAAUAGAAUUACUUACUCAGAAGAGAUCACUAGAGGCUUAUAGACUAAACCCUGAGGAAUGGGGAGUUAAUGUCCAACCUUAUUCUGGUUCUCCAGCUAACUUUGCCGUAUACACAGCCCUCGUUGAGCCCCAUGGUCGUAUCAUGGGUCUGGAUUUGCCUGACGGUGGACAUUUGACGCAUGGUUUCUUCACUGCUACAAAAAAAAUUUCAGCAACUUCCAUCUUCUUCGAGAGUAUGCCUUAUAAAGUAGAUCCUAAAAGUGGUCUCAUAGACUAUGAGAAGCUGGAGGAAUCAGCUAGGCUGUUCAAACCCCGUCUUAUAAUAGCUGGUAUGAGCUGUUAUGCACGCUGCUUUGAUUAUAAGAGAUUCAAGAAAAUCGCAGAUGAAAAUGGUUCAAUACUAAUGGCUGAUAUGUCACAUAUUUCUGGACUUGUUGCAGCAGGUGUCAUUCCAAGUCCAUUCGAUGAUUGCGAUAUUGUGACAACAACGACGCACAAAACUUUAAGAGGCCCACGUGCUGGUAUCAUAUUCUAUCGCAAAGGUGUAAAAUCCGUAAAUGCGAAGGGAGAAAAGAUACUAUAUGAUUAUGAGACAAAAAUUAAUCAAGCCGUAUUCCCCGGCCUGCAAGGUGGUCCACAUAAUCACGCUAUUGCAGCGAUCGCUGCUGCUAUGAAGCAAGCAUGUUUGCCGGAAUUUGUUGAUUAUCAAAAACAGGUAUUGAAAAACGCAAAACGAUUGGCCGAUGGUCUAAUGUCCCGAGGCUACAACCUGGCUACGGGCGGUACGGAUGUACAUCUCAUCCUAGUGGACGUCCGCAGUGCGGGCCUCAGUGGAGCACGUGCUGAACGCAUACUAGAGCUUGUCAGUAUCGCUUGCAACAAGAACACUGUGCCAGGAGACAAGAGCGCCCUCAACCCCAGCGGCAUACGACUGGGUACUCCUGCUUUAACCACAAGAGGGUUAAAGGAAGCUGAUAUCGAUAAAGUAGUUGAUUACAUUGACAAAGCACUGAAAUUAGCCAAAGAAAUAACAGCAAUAUCUGGCCCCAAACUAGUCGAUUUCAACAAAGUUAUUUCAGAAAAUGUUAAUAUUCAAACUAAAAUUAAUUCUCUCAAGGACGAAAUUGAGAAUUACAGUCAGUCAUUCCCAAUGCCUGGCUUCGAAAAAUUCUAAGUUUUUUUGAGGUAUUAUUAAACUAGUUUUUCAUAUUUAAAAAAGGUGAAUGAGUUGCGAUACCUAAAAUGAUGCGAAUCUUAUUUGUCUCGAAAUAAUAACACUCCAAUGUAAAUUUAGAAAAAUUAGUGAUAAUAUAAAUAUUUUUAUACAUUCUGACUUGUUAAUCGAUAUUAUACGUAUAAUUAAGUCAAACUGCAUUUGUAUUACAUGUUAUUCUUCCUUGUUUUUACACUUUAAAUGUUCCUUAUAUAGAAAAGUUGUAAGUGUUUUGUGUAUUUUUUUAUUAAAGUGUAAACUUUUUUA